CUCUAUGUGCGAACUGCGCAUGCGCUCGGAGUGAAGCGGAAGUAAGCAUCAUGUCGAUAGAAGACCCAUUUUUCGUCGUGAAGGGGGAGGUGCAGAAGGCCCUGUCUCGUGCUCGGAGCCUCUUUGAUAGAUGGGAGGAACUGUUGCAGGAGGGGACCCAGGUAAGCCGUGACGAGCUGGACUGGAGCGCCAAUGAACUGAGGAACUGUCUGAGGGCCAUAGACUGGGACCUGGAGGACCUCAGUGAAACCAUCAGUAUUGUGGAGUCGAACCCCGGGAAAUUCAGACUGGGUGACAAUGAACUUCAGGAGAGAAGAGACUUUGUGGAGCGAACCAGGAAAUCUGUCCAGGAUAUGAAGGAUCAGUUGUCCAGCCCUUCUGCUGUGGCUCAGGCAGAGAAGAAGAACAGAGAGGCUCUGCUGACCUCAUCAGGCCAGGACAGGUCAACGGGACUGGAGGCUCAUCUGGUGUCUGCAAACUCCAGAUACAUCCAGGAGCAACAGGAACAGCAACAGCUGAUCAUGCAGGAGCAGGAUGAGCAGCUGGAGUUGGUGUCAGGCAGCAUCAGAGUCCUCAAAGACAUGUCGGGACGCAUUGGGGAUGAGCUCGAUGAGCAGGCUGUCAUGUUGGGCGAUUUUGGAGACGAGAUGGACCAGACAUCAUCCCGGAUGGAUUCCGUCCUAAAGAAGCUGGAGAAGGUGUCCCACAUGACCAGCAGUCGGAGACAGUGGUGUGCAAUUGGCGUGCUGGUCGCCAUCAUGAUCGUGGUCCUCAUCCUCUUCUUCGCCCUCUGAUGCCAGUGACCUCCAACCUCUCGACUGCGUUCACCACCUCCUCUCUGUUAGGGCGGACAGACGGAUGGACAGAUGGACAGACACAGGAAGAAGGACAUGUCUCUUGCUCCUCUCCCUCCCGUCCCUUCCCUUCCUUCAAACAGAGGAGAAACUGGUGACCUGCAGAGAGAAGUUAGGAUACCGUCCUGCUUCUCUCUGCUUUUAAUGCUUCUAGUAGAAAAAAAAUAAUAACUUGAGCAGGGGAGUUGAACACAGGGGAGCCCCCGGCGGUGUUAAUGUCUUUCACAUUGGUGCAUUUCAGUUUUUGUUGGAAAUGAUGGUACUUAAUGGAAGGGUCGGGGCAGGAGGCUGCUGCUGUCAGGUUACAAACACAAAUCUGCAGAACGUUUCGCAAAUCAAUUAUCAAGUACAUAUGAUUUUAAAUGUAUACUUAGCAGGCAUUUUAACACUUAAGUUUCGGUUUUUUCAAAAGUACAAAAUCUUGUUUGAUGAUCUUUGAUAUCUUUUGAGUUACAGUGAACAAACUUUAUUUUGUCAGUACGUAGUUUUAAAAUGUUUUAGUUUUAAAAGUGCUGAAAGGAACGGCUGUUUUUUAUGAACCAAAUGUGACAGAGAAAAGCAAUUGUGACAUAUUCAUUUCAUUUGGCAGGAGUUAGCAGCCAGAAAAGUUUUUUUGGGGGGCACUGAUUAAUAUGAAUUCAUUAACAGUUAAACCAACAAAGAAGCAGUUUGUGUUUGACGCAGACAGGAGCAGGGUGGGAGGGAGGAGACCGGGGCGGGUUUUUCAGUGUUGCCUUAAAUAUAUUUUUAUAACCGUGAAAUGUGCAGUAUGUUUAUGUGCCUACAUGUGAGUCAGGGCGGGAAAUCACCACAGAGUACCAGUCAUCAGAUGAAUCAGGAGAAUGGGCAGUUACAGUUGCAGGUUUUCCUUCCAGUCCAACAUGACAGCAGCUGAUUUCAGUGAUGAACACAUUUCAGCCGGGAGGGAAGAGUUAGUCAUGUCUGAAAUCAGCUGCUGCAGUGUUUAUGGACAAAACAACAACAUGUAGAGUGAUAGUAUGAGUAGGCGUGAGGCUGCCCAUCCCUGAUAUGAGAUGCUGGUUUCGCUCUGCUGGACACUUUGUCAGAUUCCUGGCGCCCUGGCCAGCGGAUAAAUGUGGUUCAUUUUCCUCCCUGAUUGAGAUGCAUCUCAGUGAGGUGAAGUCAGGUCUGCAGCCAGCCGCCUUCGCGCCCCUGCAGGCUGUACAGCACACGAUUGGCUGAGGCUUUGUUACACUCACUGGGCGAUGAGAGACAACCUUGGCUCAGAGCGAAUGGGUUUGCCUGUUUUAUUGAAAAGCUUUAGCUAAUGAGAGGAGGAACAGUUGCUGGGCAGGAUGUCUCCGCACGCAGCCCAGAUUUAGGCUUACAGCUCCCUCUGCUGGAGGCUGUGGGUCAUGUUGUUUCUUUGUGUCAUGUCAGGUAACACUACCCACGCAAGGGUGUGUUGCUGCGCUGUAUAAAUAUAAACCACAAUGCUUCGAAUUAUUGUGUAAAUGGACAUAAUUCCUGUACAAAGGCUUUAUGCAGAAUCAAUUUUAUUUUCAAUCCUGUGUAAUCCAGAUUUUAUUUCACUCGCUUUUGUCACACAGUGAGAGAAAAUGAUCAAGUAUGGAGUUACAUGAAAUUUCUCCCGAGACAUUUCCACUUGUUUCCACCAAAGGAGUCAGAGGUCACAUGCCCAGGAUUUAAUGCAGGUGGGGUUCAGGGAUGUUUUCCAUCACUUCCACAGCUCUUCUAAAACUCAUUAUCUCAGUCGCUCCUGUGUGAUUUUAAUGUGCUUUUACAUAUUCAAGCCUUCAUUCCUUAAACGCUUCAGUGGGGAAAAUUAGCCGAAUACUUGGAAAAUGGCUGCAAGCGUAAAUGAAGCAGUCAUGUGGUUUCCACUCCACUCAUGAGUCACUGCAAGACCUCUGCACGCAGAACAGAGCUUUGUACAGGUAAAGCAUCUUGAAACAGAAGGAUUUCUAAUAUACACUGUGUUUUUUUGUCAAGUUAAAGAAAUAUUUCACACCGCAAAUGAUCAUUUGUAUUUAUUACUGUACUAAUUACUUUGUCUUCAGUUGAAUUGUGAAGAAAUGAAGAAUCACAGUCUUGGGAGUCCACGUUUUACAACAGAAAAACUACAUCAUAACAUCCAUUUUCAAACUCUGACACGACUUUUGCAGCGUAAUCUAAGCCUCAUGUAUCCAGUCGUAUACACAGUACUUCCCAAACACGUGCAUUUUUGCUUAGCAUUUAAACUUGAGAACUAAAAGUGUAACUUAUCCAUGCCCUCUUCAAAACCAGGCUCUGUUGACAAAAACAGUUUCAAGAUACAUAUCCAGGAUGCACUGGGAUGUAUCAUCAGUGAUGUUCCUCGGGUCAUAGGGGGCUUUGGGUCUUUCAACAUCAGACCCUCUCAUCCAGGUGACCCACCCGGGGUUGAACAAGACCCUGAUUGCAUCCCAGCAACAGUAGUCCAAGUAACCGAGUAAUUUUACCUUGCUGGAACGGGAGAGUUUGUAAACAGAUGUUUUGCUGUUGUUUAAUGUGGCUCUUGGGUUCUUUGUUCACCAGAUGCAUACAAGAAGAACAAAGUUUUCUUCAUGGGUUCAACAUAACAUGGAGUGUGUCAUAACUUCUAUACAAAUGAUCAUUUGGGGGUUGAGGCACGUGCUUUUCUGUUUGGAUUUGACUGCAUCUACUUUUGCUGCAUUAUACUGUAACAUCAGAUCUGUAUGGGAGAGUACUGUAGUGAUUCUUAGAGACUGUUCUUUAUUUAUCAGAGGUGGCUGGAGUGUGACAACUUCUGCUUUUUUUCUGUUUUGCUUAAACUUUGACUCUUCCUGAAGCUACAAAUAUUUUUCCUUGAGCUGGAGUUUAAGAAAAAUGCUUGUAUUUCGUCUCAGAAACGGUUUAUUUUCUGCCAAAUUUGACAUGAGACACGUAGGUUAAAGUGAUUUUGAUGAAAUAUCACUAUUUUAAAAUCAGAAUUGGUUACGUUUUUUUUUUUUUUUUCCUGAAAGAAGCUUUUGUCGCACAUGAUGUGUAAAAGGACCAUCAGAAAGUCAGAAAUCCAAUGACAAUUUUUGUUUUUACAGUUUCAGGCCGUGGUAAGUGAUGAAAAUUUGGUGAUUUCCGUGAAAGUUAACAUGCCUUUGAAACAGAGGUUGAUUGUCUUCACGUUUUCUUUCGACUUUCAAAGAAAACAUGCCUUCAGGUUUGGAAGGCAUGUUUCCUUUUAAAAAAAGUGGCUCCCCAGUGCUUAAAGAAUGAUCUGACAUGCCUUGCACCACGCCUCCCCCCUCAUAAAUAACGAACAGUCUCUUUUGUUUUUUUUGUUGUUGUUUUGUUUAAAUGUUUCCAGACCUGGGUCUAAAGAAAAACUAAUUUGAGGCUUUCUAGUCUUUGUUUUCCCCAAAAUGGAACUGCGCACACAUCUGCUGAUUUAACUGCAUCAAGACAUUGACAGUUGUUACAAAACUGUAAUCUAAUUUAAAAAGCCACUUUGUGAUAGCACACAAAUUACGUUAGUCACUGUUAUUAAGCAAAUUUCAAACUCUUUCCAGGCCUUGUGUAACCGCCAGAUCAACCUGUAAACGAGCUCUGAUGCAGCAUGUUAAAAUUAAUAUGGUUGCAUGCAUUAAAAGCACACAUAAUAUUAGUUUGCGUACACAGAUUUCUGAAGGUAUCAACACUUUUUGGUACAUUAUUCAAAACAUAUGACUCAUCCUCCCCUGCCUUUUUCUUUAUCUUGACUUGCGACUUUCCAAAAAAAAAGGGUCGAAGCCUUAAAAUAAUUUUUGUGUUGGUUGUUGACUUUUUUUGUUAUUAAACAAACCUUGUUGGAAGUUUGAUUUGGGGAACGAACCUCUGGCUUAAACAGUGCUGAUGAAGCUGAACAUCUUUUUUGGUUGAGAAGUUUGUCUUUUGAAGGCAACUAAAAUUGAUCAUAACAGUCUGUUUUGUUGGUGAAACAGUGAAGAGGUGGAUUUUUGGAGGAUUUGAAUGUACAAAAGUUCACAUAGUACUGACCGCCAUCAUGCCCUUUCCUGUCAAACAGCCCAUGUGUCUGCAGAUUUAACGCCUCCACUUAAAAAAAGGCUAACUGUGGCUUAACAUUACUUCUCAAUCACUGCUCUGCUAUAGUAGAUUUUUUAAGUACUGACUUUCACACACACUACAUGAAGAAUAAAUGUUUCGUGGCAGCUGUCGCCGCUUUGACAACUGAACCGAAUAUGAUUGUUUUCUUACUGGCAUCCGGAGAUUUCUGAAAUUGCUCAGUAGGGUUUUAAGUUUCAUUAAACUUGUCCAACAUGAAGCGACUAAACUGCGGUGGUGGUUUCUUAAUCAUGAGUGUUCCUCCCAUUAUUUAAAUUUAAAGACUUGUUUAAGAGGUUUUUAAACAUUAAUAAAUCUAUGUUUAGACUUG